GUUUGAAAUUUUUUGACCGUGCCAGUUGGGCAUGUUGUUUACAAAUUUUCCGUGAGAUUCGUUCUUGCUUAAUUAAGUUAAACUAAAAUUAUUUCUUUAAAACAAGUUAAUCCAAGUUGUUUGUAGAUAUUCGAGAAGAUCAAGGUGCUAUUCAUAAAAUCGACUGAAUCGUGCGGAUGAUGUUAGUUAAAGGAAAUUAAGGACUUUUAAGGCUUCCGAUCGAUUUCGCAAAAUGCUGCUAAGACAAUUCAUUUCGGAAAGCAACGCCAUCGAAGAGAUUUACAUCGUCAAGCGCGAGAAUGAAAGCGACAAUGAGGACAACCCACCGCUGGAGAAGAUGCUACCGGAAACGGAAGUGGUUCCGGCGGCGAUGACAGUGGCGGCAGCUCGUUCAGAUUCCGCUGCUUGCGAUGAAACGGAUCUACCUUCGGUACUGGAAAUCAAAAGCGAACCGGAGGAAGAUGGUGGGGAUCAGCAGGAACUGCUGGUCCCGAUGAGGACGGAGCUAGUCGUUGAGAAUACGGAGUCGAAGCAGGAGCCGGUGGUUAAAAGUGAAAACGAAGACGACGAUGUCCCACUGGCGGUUCGUCUGAAAAAGCUGAAACAGUCGAAGGCUGCUGUUAAACGGAAGAGGCGGAAGAAAAUCCGUCGAAGCAGCUCGGAAUCUGACAACGGAAAUGCGUUUGAUGCGAAUGAUGAUGAGGGCAGCGGAAGCGACGACGAAAAGCGGCCUCGAGGCGAACCUAACUGUAAUGUUUGCUUGGAGAAGUUUCAAACUCAGAAAGAACUGAAGAUUCACCUCCGCAAGAAACAUUCAGACAUGGUACCGUUCCGGUGCGACAAAUGUACUUCGGGUGAGUUGAAGAGCGUUUCCUCGCUUAACCGACACUUCGAAAUGCACGAUGAGAGCAAGCCAUACAAGUGCACCUACUGCGAGGCUCGAUUUUCAACGAGAAUCUAUCGAACGGCCCAUCAGAGGCGGUUUCAUAAAGAGGAUUUGGAAAACGACACCAUUCGGAAUGCGAACCGGCGAUUCGUUUGUCGAUACUGCAACAAAAGGUUCGCUGCCAAGUUUAACUUGGAACGGCACGAGCGAAACCACGAAAUGAAAAUAACCGACGAUGAGGAGUUUUUGAAUCGUCGGAACCGUUGCUACAUAUGUGAUUCGAAGCCAUGCGAUAGCAAGGAAGCCCUCAUGGAUCAUCUGAGCAUUCACGUCGAUAAGUUGCCUUACACCUGUGUGCAAUGCGAGGAGCCAGCCAUGAUCACCUCGGUUCGACUGUUGAACAAGCAUCUGGCUUCGCACGAGGAACCGGAGAAGCCCAUCAAAUGCGUCUACUGCGAUGAGCGAUUCAUAUCCGUAGUUGUCUGCCAGGCUCACGAGAGGACACAUGCCCAGGAAAAGGAAGCUGACGAGGUGGCUACAGCAAAAAUGGAAGCCGAGCGGAUUUCUGCCAAGAUCAUCAUAGUCGAUGGAAUGAAGCGCUACGAAUGUGGCUUUUGUGGAAAUACCUACUCUUUGCUGAGUACCCUUCGUAGGCACGAAAAUAUCCACACCGGAAAGAUCCAGUACGUUUGCAAAAUAUGUGGUAAGAUAUUCAACAAAUCGUCCUGCUUGCUUCAACACGAGAGGACCCAUUCUCAGGAUGCGCCUUACAAGUGCGAAAUUUGCAAUCGACGAUUUAAGGAAACGAUCCGAUUGAUUGAACACCGCCGGAUCCACAGCGGAGAACGGCCCUUCAACUGUCCCAACUGCUUCAAAAGCUUCCGCAUCAAACCGUUGCUCAAGGAACACAUCCUGCUUUGCGCAGCACCGGAUAUCUGCCAAGAGUGUGAGUGUCGCUUCUGCUCCACCGUUUUCAGCACCUUUCGGCACCUGUCCGAACACAUUCUCAACAGCCAUCCUAUCUUAAUCGAUGAAACGCAGUGCGAAUUCUGCGAUCUCACAUUCAGAGACAGUCUGCAGCUGGCGGAGCACGAACAUUACCACCGGAAUCCCAAUUCCAUCAAGUGCAAUAUUUGCGGAAGGAUUUUCAAGCAACUGUCCAAUCUGAGACGACAUCAGCGACUCCACAGUAACGAUGCCGUUCCGUUCCAGUGCGAUCUGUGCGGGAAGAACUUCUCGCAGGCUGGUGCACUGAAAGUGCACAAGCGAAUUCAUUCUGGUGAGAAACCCUACAAAUGCGAACUGUGCAACAAACACUUCUACCACAGUUCCACAAUGAACCGCCACAAGCGUUCGCACUACAAAUCCAAAAGUAAGUUGUUCCUGUUUGGUGAAGACAAUUCCUCUUCCCAACCGGAGGUCGAACACCCCAUUGAAGCCAAACCCGACGUAACCAUAAUCACCAUAUCGUCGAUCGAAGAGUGCAUCGACCCAAAGCCAAUAGAUUCCAGCUCGAUGCUGAAUCUCGAGCACUCCCCUUCGACGGCAUCGAUUCCCACCUCGGUGGAAGAUCACAAUCUGCUGGACAUGCCACCGCAAGUGCCUGGCGUCGAGCUUAACACUCAGCAACUGGAAUUGUCCGCUUUUGAACUUGCCGGAGCGAGUGCGGUGUCCAUGGCGGCGGGUCCCGAUGGAGCGAUGUACGUGUUGAGCACGAAAAUGUUGAUCCCACAAACGGUUCUGCACCACCACCCGCCGGAUGGCGGUGCAGAGGAAUGUUUAGGUUUAGAACCAUCGAUUGGGCCUGACAUGUGAGAGAAAAACGCUUCGUUAGUUAUUUGAUUCCCCAAUGCUGAAUUUAUCAGAGUUGAUGACACAGAUGUUUGCAAGCUUGACGAAGUGUGUGCUGAGUACAUUGGAAGUAACCAAUACAAAUUAGGUAUGUACUACUAAUGAAACCCAUUUUUUUUCGUUAUACACUAUUCCACUUGGAAAUUAUGUUUUGAUAAAUACGCACUUUCUCCUAGGCGAAUGUUCAUCUAUUCACAUUAUUUUAGAAUAUGCAAUUUAAAAACAAAUGAACUUUGUUAGAAAAGGCGGAACCAUAGCGA